AUGGAACAACAUUUAUCAACUUGCCAGUCGACUUUGACGGUGUACGAGCUGGAAACCUUGAGGGCGGCAAUCCUCAAUGGGGCACAGCGUCACCGAAAGUUACGCGAUGAUCAACUGUUAAAAAAAUUCAGCAAAAUAAGUCCGCCGAAACAGCCCUCCUCUGAUGGGAUGUUGGUCCACAACCUGUCCUCCCAUUGUCUCACGCAACAACAGUUAACGGUCCUAUCCUAUGACACUAGGUUCAGCACGAAAGAUGCUCCACCAGAAGACUUCAUCGCAUCCUUCGAAUCAGCGCUCCAGAAGUGCGAGGCAGAUGAAGAACGCAAACACGCCAUGAGGCAACAGGUGUCGUCUUUACUUCUCCAGCACAAAUCCCAAAUGACGAUUUCCGAAGCAGAAGAUCGAGAACUUUCCGGUUUACGAAAAAUGAAGAAUAUUGUCACCCUGCCUGCUGACAAGGGACGCUCGACAGUCGUCAUGGAUAAGACCGAAUACUCGACUAAACUGGAGAACCUGCUGAUGAACCAAGAAUCUGACGAGCUUUCGGAUGUGAGCGAGUUCAAAAGGCUUGUAAACAACAUAAACAAGACGGUGAGUAGGUUAAAGAAAGCGAGCGCCCUCACGAGAAAAGAGGCACUGUCCGCGAAGGCCACUGACACCGCGAUGGCACGCUUCUACGGCCUUCCCAAGGUACACAAGCCAGGAGUGCCCCUCCGCCCAAUCGUUUCUUUACGUGGCACACCAACUUUUGGCCUAUCAAAGUGGCUGUACCAACGACUUUGUUUCCUCGUCAAAGACUCAGAGUGGACAGUGAAGUCAGCUGAGGAGUUUUUGGCUCGCAUCCGACAUCGUAGAGUGGAGACAGACGAGGUGAUGGUGUCAUUUGACGUGGUCUCACUGUUCACUUCUAUCCCGCCCGACCUGGCCAUCGACACUCUCGACGGACUUCUCCGAGAAAAAUACGACGAGACCGACCAACAGCUUAAACGAGUGCACAUCAUCGAGCUCCUAGAACUGUGUCUUAAGACUUUCUUUACAUUUAACGGCCAAGUGUACGAGCAAAAAAAGGGAACACCAAUGGGUUCACCUCUGUCCGGACUAAUUGCCGAAGCGGUUUUGCAGAGGCUGGAGCGUCUGGUAUUCAGCUCGUACCCUCCGAAGUUCUGGGCCAGAUAUGUCGACGACACAUUCGUCAUAAUAAAGAGGAGCGACGUGCAAGAUUUCAAGGCAAUCUUGAAUUCGAUAUUUCCCGACAUACAGUUCACCAUGGAAGAAGAGGCCGACAAUCGCUUGCCCUUCCUCGACGUACAAGUAACAAAACUGGCAGACGGAAAUAUAAAGACGACGGUCUACCGUAAGGCGACUAACACUAGGCGCAUCCUCCACUUCAGAAGCAACCACCCCGUCGGUCACAAACGCAGUUGUGUCAGGACCCUUUUCCAACGCGCCCAAACACACUGCAGCGACGACGAUGACAGGAAGAAGGAGGUGAUGUACUUACGUGCUCUAUUUGAAGCCAACGGUUACCCGAAGUCGUUCAUACGCAAGUGUCUCAGGAAGUCCCACUCGGGGCGGUCGAACGAGGAGAAACCAAAGUUCUGGCUCUCGAUCCCCUAUUUGAAGAACGUUUCAGAGGCAACUUCAAGAAUUCUGAAACCUUUUGGAAUUGGUGUGGCCCAUAAACCAGCAUCAACAAUCAGACAGCAAAUUAUGAGGCCCAAAGACCCGCUCCCGGUGACAGAACAAUCAGCGGUGGUCUACAGCAUACCAUGCCAAGAUUGUGAUGUCAGGUAUAAUGGUGAAACGGGAAAACGCCUCGGCACAAGAUUGCACGAGCACCAGCUAGCAAUCAACCGCAAGGAUAAGAUGUCGUUGGUGUAUGGCCACACACUAGAGCGGAAUCACUGUUUUGCCUUCGAGAAAGCAAGUGUGAUCGGCCGAGCCAAUGAUAAAAUGGCCAGACUAAUGCUGGAAAGUUGGUCCUCGACAGGCACACUCAACCGGGCCAUAGACCUACAUCCAGCCUACCAGGCGCUCCGCGCAAGACUCGAGUCAGUCCAGGCACGGCCGAUGGCACGGAUGAGCAGAGCCACACGGGGUCGACCGCCGACGCUCGCGGAGAGAGGAGAAGGCGCUUACCGAAUGUCACGUGACCGGCGUGGCACACCGUCUCACGGACGUACUCGCGAGGCCGGAAACACCACGCCUGAGAAACAAAGACCGAUCAGCCCGUCGUCUGACGAGGGGGAGGCGAACGAGCACGCCGACGCCGCGGCAACCACGUUAGGCGUGAGGGGGACACAAGCCACGCCAGUCCACCAAUGGCUGAGAUCAGGGAGGCGACAAUCAGCCAACGGAAAGCAGGCUAGUCAACAAACGUGCGCUGUGCACGGUUAUAAUACGAGGCAGGCGGCAAGGCUGAACAGAUCAAGGCCAGCAGGAAACGUCAGCGCACGACUCUGA